AUGACUUGCAGUUAUUGGGAAUUAGAACGACAACAUGGCCGACUGGAACCGUUAGCCAAUAUUGAUUUAUCUCCCAAACGAUUCGUACGUGUUCGCGUCGCGUUGGGCGAUAAAGAGUGGUCCACCAAUCCGGCUAUAGCUCCAGAUGUGGGCUCCUCGUCCUCUCACUUUGGUGCGAAAACACCACCACGAGAAGGCAGUGAGUAG